AUGGGUGUCCUUCCGCAUUGGAUCGUUGGCGUGUGUGGACUGUGUGCGCUGGUUGCCUCGCUGAUAUCGUUUGAGGGAAUAAGGCGACAGCUGGUGAACUAUCGGAAGCCCUAUCAGCAGAGGCUUGUUGUCCGUAUCCAGCUGAUGAUACCGCUAUUUGCUGUGAGUUGUUAUAUCUCAUUGAGAUCGUUCAGGCUGAGCCUGAUCAUCGAGCCUGUCAGGGAGAUCUACGAGGCGUUUGUCAUAUAUACUUUCUUUUCACUGUUGACACAUCUGCUGGGGGGCGAGAGAAACAUUGUGAUAUUGACGAGUGGGCGGCCCCCAGUGAGCCAUCCACCACCGUUUAACAAGGUGUUACCCCCUGUUGAUAUAAGUGAUCCGUUUUCUUUGUUGGCGAUAAAACGCGGUAUAUUACAAUACGUUUGGUUGAAGCCGAUUAUAUGCUUGAUGUUUGCCCUUGUUGAAAUCACUGGGUUGAAUGACAUUGCUGGGAUAAACGUCUACUUCGUGAUCAAUUUGAUAUACAACAUCAGCGUGAGUGUUUCGUUGUACGAUUUGGCACUGUUUUGGAAGUGUAUGUAUUCCGAUUUGAAACCGUUUAAUCCAUGGGGGAAGUUUCUCUGUGUUAAAUUGAUCAUCUUUGCAAGUUACUGGCAGGGUAUUCUACUAGCAGUUUUAAACUGGGUAGGCGUGCUACCCAACAACUCAACUGGUGAUGGAUAUGAUGAUGGGAAUACCUUGGGAUUUGCCAUCCAAAACGCUUUACUAUGCGUUGAGCUGAUUGGCUUUGCUAUUGGACAUUGGCACUCGUUCUCAUGGACAGAAUACAGAGCAGAGGCAUUGCCCGGGUGUGGUAGAUUGCCAUUUAUUACUGCUCUAAAGGAUGUAUUUGGCUUGGGCGAUCUCCUGUAUGACUUCAAAUCAACUUUCCAAGGUGAUGAAUACGACUAUAGACGGUUUGAUAGCGUUGAGGCCCUAAUUGCACAUCCAACUUCAAAAUCAAGAAUGGCGAGGUUCAACGAGGGAUUGAGAUUCACAGAUUCCGGUAGACAGAAGUAUUGGUUGCCCAAUGCCAGCACAGCUGCCAACAAUGAAACUGAUGAGCACCAGGACGACCCAUCUUUACUAGAAGGGGUUAAGAGAGACAGGCCCUUUGGAGAUAAGAACUACCCGGUGAUUUACGAUACUCAGGAACACCAGAACUCGCCACAACUACAGAGACUAAGGAGAGAGGCUAUGGCAAGACAGCAGAGAGGUUUAGCAUGA